AUGCAAAUGUGGAUUUUCGGAGUACACAUGGCUGAUAGUGAAUUCAAUCCAUUUUCAUAUGAUGUCGAUAAUCGACGAACCACAACGUUAUCUUCUAUUGACGAUGCAUCGUGUCAUUUAACGUUAACAAUAGUAAGCGCACAAUAUUUAGUAAAUACAGACAUUAAAGAUUUAGUUGAUCCGUAUGUACGCGUUUACAUACAUGGUGUUCCUUGCGAUAACCAAAAUCAGAAGACACAUGUUAUUAAGGAUAAUGGUAUGCCGGUAUACAAUUUUUUACGUUUACGUCGAUAUUGUGGCUUCUGUUUGCUUGAAGGUCUUAAUCCCAUGUGGAAUCAUCGGAUGGAAUUUGAUAUUGCUGUACCACAAUUAUGUCUGAUUCGAUUUGUUGUUCUCGACAGUGACAAAUAUAGUUCGGAUGAUAUUAUUGGACAGUAUUGUGUACCUUUGACCACAAUUCAAAAAGGUAGUCUAAACACUGGAGGAGUUAAUGAAUCACAGCUUGGUGGUGUACAUGCUGUAUUCCACGUUAUACGUCAAGGAGAUGCAUAG